ACAUGUUGCUGGUUAUAACCAUAGCAGAAGGAUUUAGAGACACAAGCUGAUCUUUAGCAUGUGGGCCUUGUUGGUGCUCACUUUUGGACUUGCUGCUGGAGCAUUAGAAAGCAGCAACAAGACGGCAGCUGAAGAAAGGCUUGUCAUAGCCAGAGCUAAACUGAUGGCACCCAGUGUGGUUGGAUGAGCCAUAAAGAAAAUGCCUGAGCUCCAUCACUUCCUCAUGGAGCGAUUGGCUUUAUACCAUAACUUAGAGUAUGACUCAUCAGAGGAGAAGAAGCCCCGUCUGAUAUUUUACAAUGAGAAAGAUGAGGUUGUAAAGACUGUCCCUGUGAAGAACAUGAAGGCAGAUGAGAUCAGCAGCCUGUUAGAGUCUCUUGGUUUCUAUAAGAGGUCCCAGAAAGGGGAAAAAGUGCCAGAGGAGUUCCAGAACUUCCCCCUGCAUGCACCAAGGGACGAGCUGUGAUGACCCCAUGUGGCCACGCUGUGCAUCUGCAACCCAGCCGCAUUAAUGAUGAGUGGGGCUAAAAGGCAAGACUGUUACAGCCAGGCCCCAUUCUGAAGACUUGCUGGUUGGAUGCAGUAUGGAGAGUGUUAGGCAUACUAAAGGCUUACUGUUUGUUUACACACUUAAAUAAAAAUGACAAAAAUUA